UGUCUGGCAGCCCGGUGUCUGCUCCGCUCUGCCCCGCUCCAACCCCCGGACCCGAAGCCUUCGCCUCCACGUUCACCGCCCCCAGCUCCCAGAACCCUCUUCCCGGUCUAUGCACCACCACCGGAAACAUGACGGGCAUCGCUGCUGCUUCCUUCUUCUCCAAUUCCUGCAGGUUCGGGGGCUGCGGGCUCCAGUUCGAGUCCCUGGCCGAGCUCAUCGUCCACAUCGAGGACAAUCACAUCGACACAGAUCCCAGGGUUCUGGAGAAGCAGGAGCAGCAGCAGCCCACCUACCUGGCCCUCAGCUACAUCAACAGGUUCAUGACGGACGCUGCACGCCGGGAGCAGGAGACCAUGAAGAAGAAGGCCACGCCCAAGCUGUCUUUGUCCAUCUCCGGCGGCGUGUCCAGGAACAGCACAGCCACACCUCCCCGCCACACCAGCGGCAACCUGACGCCUCCCGUCACGCCACCCAUCACCCCUUCCUCGUCCUUCCGCAGCAGCACACCCACAGGUACGACAGGCAGCGAGUAUGAUGAGGAGGAGGUGGACUACGAGGAGUCGGACAGCGACGAGUCGUGGACCACGGAGAGCGCCAUCAGUUCCGAGUCGAUCCUCAGCUCCAUGUGCAUGAACGGAGGAGAGGAGAAACCGUUCGCCUGCCCCGUCCCCGGCUGUAAGAAGAGAUACAAGAAUGUGAAUGGUAUCAAAUACCACGCCAAGAACGGCCACCGCACGCAGAUCCGCGUGAGGAAGCCGUUCAAGUGCCGCUGCGGGAAGAGCUACAAGACCUCGCAGGGCCUGAGACACCACACCAUCAACUUCCACCCGCCUGUGUCCACCGAAAUUCUGCGCAAGAUCCAAGGCUAGAGCUCCGAGUGACUCCUCGCCCACUUCAGUGCAUGCUUUAAGUUGAUCUUUCUGUUACCACCUUUUUUAUACUCCUUAUAUCACCUUGUAUUUUUUUUUAUCUUCGUAGCGAUUCAUUGUUGUACAUUUGCACAUUCGUAUAUAUAUGUUCCUAUCGUCUCUUCGCAUUCGGUGCUAACUGUAAGACUAAGCAAGAGAAAGACAAAAAACAAACGCAGAGAAAGAGACAAAGUUGAGAAAGGAAAGCGGAGUUAAGCCCCUCCCUCCACCCAAAGUUGUUUCGACCUUUUAAUUUAAACGUUAAAUAUUUCUAUCGAUAUAUGAACCACAGAAAGAUGUAUAUAAAUAUAUAUAAGAAAAGUAUUCAUACAUGAAUAGUUACAUUUAUUUUUGAGCUUUAUUUUGUAUAUGAUUUUAUUUCCGUCAGUGUUUCGUUUGAAAAAGUGUUUCUGCCAUUCCGUAAGAGGCCAGUUGUGCGGAGUCCGUCUGUGACUGGUUCAGGGGGUCCAUCGUAUGAGCUCCCCCAAGUUCCGACAAACUAGCUCAGCGAGCGUACGUCACUUCCUGUCAGGAAGGACGCCUCGUUUGGUUCCUCACUGAACCGAUCAAACUCAGACUCUGGCGCCCCUAGAGGUCAACAUUUUAGGAGUGAAUCCGAAGUGUUUUGUAGUCGCGCAGGAAGAGGGCUCUCCGCACCGAGGCGAACCGAACCGUGGCCCAGUCCUGAUCCGCGUCACGUGCCGGGAGAGUGGAAGUGCCACGUUUGUAUUCUCCAAGCUUCUCCAUGAUUGUUGCCAAGAGCUCUCCACUGCCAAACAUCCACCAUACCAUGUGCCUGAGGACGAGGAGGGUCCGUACCGACCGCUCCCUCCAUAUCGCCAAACUUGUGGCUUCAUAUUUUCGCCUACGAGUGUUUUUACAUUGAAUGUUUUUCAUGCAUGAAACUGAAAGAGAUUAUUGUCUACAGCCGGUUUGUUUGGUUGUUUUUUUCGUUAGUUGUAGACCAAAGUGUUCCAGUAACGUUCCAAGUGUUAAGUACUGUAAGGAAGUGUCGUGUUUCCGGUGUCUGUGCCACUUCAUCCUUCAUGCCUUUACGGAAACCCGAGCGGUUUCUGGCCCGUGCCAUUCGUUCUUGUCAUUUCAUGACGCACACGUUAGAUUACGCCUCUGCUGGACGCACACCCUCCUCCCUACAGUCUCUUGUUGUUGCCCAUCGCUAGGUACACGCCAGUUUGGUCCCUCAGUCCAAGUGUCUGGUCGACGCAACUCCACUGAGCCAAUUUCACUUACAUGAUCACCAUAUUUAUUUCGCCCCCAAAUUUCUAAGAAAACAUGGCGCUGAAAUUUAUUCAAAAUGAAAUCACUGUAUCGUGUAAAAAAAAAAAAAUUAUGUUAACAUCCAUAAUUCCCAAUUUAUGAUUCAACCCAGUCAUCGACAGCAGACACACAAAACUACCUAAAACUACAGUUCAAUACAAGAAAUAAUGGUGAUUAUGCUCCAAUAUUUGACUGUAGCCAAAACUGUCUGACAUCUGAAACAGAACGUUCCCCUGAGAACGCUGAGGAGGACUAUACAUCGUCGUAUCUUUCCGAAAAUGAACCGACACGUCUCGUUCGUCUGUGCAUCAGAACCUUACAAAGCACAAAGUCCUUUGCUCCGAAGCCCAGAUAAGCAGGACGGGAUCAGGUUUCGGGUAACCCGGGAGUCACCCCCGGCUUUACUGUCUGAGUGCAUCAGUCUCCCCGCCCAGGAUCUGAGAAGAGACAGGCCGAGACGGACGGAGACAGAGCGUCUCCCAUUUUCUGUCAAACACUCGUAAAAUCCCAUCCUUCACGGAUGGACACCAGCGUCGCCGUGGCAACAGCAGCAGACGGGGGGGCGGCAGUAUUAGGGGAGGCCGUGUGCCGCGAGUCAACCAUGUACAGUGAAUGUAUCGUACCGUGUCUGUUCUUUAAAUUAUAUUUUCAUAUGUAACGUGGAGACCAGUGUUUCCGUUUUUUUGUACGACAAGUUGUGAGCAGAGAUGAUGAUGAUGAUGUCACACUGAAGCUAAGACCAGCUCCUUCAAUGUAAACAUCUGAUCCAAGUGAAUAAAAAGUCAUUUGCUCUCAAAUUUGGGGUUUUAUUUUUGUUGUUGUUUAUUUUUUUUAGACUUUAAGUUAGUUAAGGCAAGAUGUGGCGAUGUGACUUAUUUUUGAGACGAUUUGUGACUAAUUUCACUUCAGUGUUUCUAUUUGAACCCGUCCAACUGCUUAUUUGCAAUGACCAAUCACUGGUGAUAUAAAUAUGUG